AUGACAGAAUCUCCUUCGCCUCUUGGGGAAAAUAUUAUUAAAAUACCAGAUAACAUUGAACUGAAACCUGUUUCUCAUCCGGCUGUAGCUCGUCGUGUUGAAAAUCUUGAAAAUCCAACUUUAUCUAAAUCAAUUUCAGUUUCUAAUGGAUUAAAUAAGCCCCUCUGGCAGUCUAUGCAAAAGAACUUGCAAACAAAUGAUGAUUUCUUCUGUUUACCUCCUUCUCCGAACGGAAAACAAAAAAGAAGGAUUAAACGAAAGAGUUCUUUCGGUGUAGCACCACAACCACAACAUUUAUAUCAUAAAGAUCAAGGUCUUCCCGAUGAAAACGGAGAAAUACCACAAAAUGAUUUAACUUCAUUUUUCAAGUUUGCCAAGACACCUUUAUCAACUACAGACAUCGCAGACCAUAUAUGCAAGAAAUUACAAAAGAAUUUAGAGUCAUGUCUCAUUACUUUAAAGGAUUGUCUCCAAAAAACGCAAAAUUUAAUUGAUCAAAUCAAAAACGAAUCAGCAAAAGUAGUAAACGUUACUUCUCUACAAAUAAAUCAGAACAGGAUCAUUGCUAUGCUCCCAAUUCUUAAACUUCGAUAUCAAAUCAAACAAAGUCAAACAGAAGCCAGAGUUUGCCAAGGAAAUAUUAGAAGAAUUGCGCAAAUACAAGACUUCGCUGAUAUAGCCAAGAAUUUGAUCAUUAAAUUCGAUUUUAAAGGUUUUAGAAAGAAUUAUAUUUUUACUCAACCUGCGACAAAUAAAUACACUAGAAUCAUAUCAGCCUUAGAUAAGAUGAUAUCAACUAGUUCUCCCGUCGAAGAUAAAGACUGGAUGCGUCAUUUUGAAAAUCCUCAAUCAAGAUAUUACCAAAUACUUACCAGAUUCAAGCAACACCUUAACGAAAUGGAUUACAGCGAUGUAGAUGUUAUUAUUCACGCAAUUACGAAUAACAAAAAAUUUUAUCCGGAAAUUCGAACAUUUCUAUUCAAUACUGCAUGGGAACAGAUCAUGUUUCCAUUCUCUGAUACUCCGCAGCUCCAUUUCCCCAAUGUUUUCUCAAGAACUCCAAAAUCUUUUAAUGCCCCUUAUAUUUCUGAGCCAUUUGCCUCUAUGGAGCUUCGUGUCCUUAAUUCCACGGAUUGGCCGUUCAGAAUUGUCAGCGAAGACCUGUUUUUGAUUUUAAUUGAAACAGAUCCUUUCAACAUCGCUGAUUUCUUCUGGGAAUCGAUAGAAAGAAUAGGAAGGAUUGUUAAGAAGAUGGAUCCAUCUGUUACUGAUCUAGAUUUCGAUCAAUUGUUCUCUCUUUUGCUUGUAAUAACUUUUUCAUUUGGAGUUGAUGAAAUUCUUGAGUGUUUCAAGUUUUCUGCAUCGUUUGAGGAUUUCGAAACAGAGAGUGUGCACAGGAAAUUCGCAAUGCAGCACAUGGAAGGUAUUGUAAGUUAUAUACUCAAUAUCAAAGAAUAG